UUUAGCUAAACCCACUUCCAUUCAUCUAUUCAGAACUUGGUCGUUGUUGUUGUAACAAUUUUACAGUCAGACAAGGAUCCAUAAAUCAAGGAAACCGAACAUUAGUACAAUCGGCACAUCACGAUCCCAAGACAGAGACAGAGAUAGAGACAGAGGCACAGAGAGAUAUAGAAAAGAGACAAGAAAUGUAUGAAGAGGCUCAAUACUUCAAUCCCCAUGAUCCCAACCACAUGGCAAUAGCAGCAGAAUCAGUUGAUUGCCCUCAACCUGUCGCAAACUGUUCUGCUCUGCCACCACUCAUGGGUGGAGGAGGAGAUGCUGGUGGUGGUAGUAGCAGCCACUGCCAUAAUAGCAUGGAAGACAACCUCAAGCUUUCUGGGUUCUUCCUUGAAGAUCUCUCCAACCACCACAACCCUUUCCACGAUGGUGACGCUGCCGCGGUUGUUGCGGCCUCCAUUGGAAUUGACCUCCAACAGCAUUUAGGCUUCGAUUUGGAGCAUGAGUUCAAUACAAAUGUGAUGCCGGAGAUGCUUCAUGACCCCAAUCCAACUUUGCCCCCACAGCAUAUGGAUCAGCACAACUGGGAUCCCACCGGAGUCCAAGAGAUGCAAGACGUGAAUUAUAAUCCUCUUUCGCACCAGCAGCAGCAACCACAACAGAUGGGUUUGCAGCAGAAUCUGCAAUGCUUCAAUUCCACUCCCUUCGGAACCCCAGACCUUCUCAACCUACUACACUUGCCCAGAUGCUCAGACUCCUCCAUGCUCCCUAAUCAAACAAUCUCUUUCUCAAGCAAGAAGCCGUCAAAUUAUCCGGCUUCACUGGACUUCUUCAGUGAACUCCCUACUGCGGCCACCGCCGCCGAUGGUAAUCUGGCAUCGUCAUCAUCAUUAUUGUUUGAUCAACCACCACUCCAUCUGAACCUACCCCCACAGCCUCCUUUAUUUAGGGAUCUAUUUCAAUCUUUACCACAUAACUAUAACUUGCCUGGCUCAAGAGGUGGUGGUGGUGGUUCCUUAUUUGGUGGAAUUGAUGACAGAGAAGGAAGUGGAGGAGGUCUUUAUCAGGAUGGGGAUGGCAGACAAUUUGAGAAUUCUGUUCUGGACUUCAGGAGAGACAUGGGUGGUUUGGGUAGAGCUGGACGUGGUAGAGGAGGAACACAUAAUUUUUCCACUGAGAAGCAAAGAAGAGAACAAAUAACCGAGAAGUACAUGACACUGAGGGCAUUGAUCCCAAACCCUACAAAGGAUGAUAGAGCCUCAGUUGUUGGAGAUGCAAUCGAGUACAUCAGGGAGCUGCUGAGAACAGUGGAUGAGCUCAAAGUACUGGUUGAUAAGAAGAAAUGGAGGCAAGAGAGGAACAAGAGGUUGAAGCUAGAGGAUGAGACCACAGUGGACAUGGAGAGCUCAUCCAUGAAGUCUCUUAGCACUCUCACUGACCGCGAGCAGUCCUUCAAUGGAUCGUUAAGGAGCUCAUGGAGCCAGAGGAAAUCGAAAGAGACGGAGGUUGAUGUCAGAAUCAUCGAUGAUGAGGUAACCAUCAAGCUUAUACAGAAAAAGAAGAUGAAUUGUUUGCUUCUUGUAUCCAAAGUCCUCGAUGAGCUCCAGUUGGAGCUCCUUCAUGUUGCUGGUGGAAAUAUUGGAGAUUAUUACAGCUUCUUAUUCAAUACCAAGAUAUAUGAAGGUUCUUCUAUUUAUGCAAGUGCCAUGGCCAAGAAGCUCCUUGAGGUUGUGGAUAGACAGUAUGCAACAUUCCCUCCGGGUAACUUUUAAUUAGGGUUU